CUAGAUAUUUGUCGACGGAAGAUUGACGUGAAUGUGAAAAUCCCGUCAAACAAAGAAGAUGGCGAUUGGCGCUCCGUGCGGUCGGUUUUAAGUCAGUCGGAGUGAGGAGGGCGGAAGAUAGAGGCGGUGUACGCGGGCAAGGAAGAAGACUUAGAGAAUUUGUGGUGCCCACAUCCAGCACAAUGGCAGCCGAGCAAGAAAUGCCCACCUUUAAGCUGGUGUUGGUUGGUGAUGGUGGUACUGGUAAAACCACAUUUGUGAAAAGGCAUUUGACUGGCGAAUUUGAAAAGAAAUAUGUUGCUACACUUGGUGUGGAAGUUCAUCCUCUUGUAUUCCACACUAACAGAGGUCCUAUAAAAUUCAAUGUAUGGGACACUGCAGGACAAGAGAAAUUAGGUGGCCUUCGUGAUGGUUACUACAUUCAAGCUCACUGUGCCAUUAUUAUGUUUGAUGUCACAUCCAGAGUCACCUACAAAAAUGUUCCUAACUGGCAUAGAGAUCUUGUGCGUGUAUGCGAAAAUAUUCCCAUUGUUUUGUGUGGAAACAAGGUUGAUGUUAAAGAUCGCAAGGUCAAAGCAAAGUCCAUCAUUUUCCAUAGAAAGAAGAAUCUACAGUACUAUGACAUCUCUGCCAAGUCGAACUACAACUUCGAAAAACCUUUCCUGUGGCUUGCACGUAAACUGAUUGGUGACCCCAACCUAGAAUUUGUUGCGAUGCCUGCACUCCUGCCACCAGAGGUACAAAUGGACCCCCAGUGGCAGCAACAAAUCGAGAACGAUCUCCAAGAAGCUUCCCAGACUGCUUUACCAGAGGAUGAUGAAGAUUUGUAAAGCUAACCACUGUAUUGCAGACAAAAUAAAGCUUAUAUUUGUUAAAACUGUGUUGAAUUGGAAUUGUUAAAAACAUGGCCUCAUCUCUUGCUAUUGAAACUUGCUCUAUGAAGGCUUUGAUUUUUGUUUUCAUAUAAAUGACGAAGUGGCUACAUUUACAUAUUUGCUUGCACGUGGAUCAUUCAACAGCGUGCUUGUGUAAAACAUUCCUAUAUGCAUGCUGCUAGUGGUAAAGGAACUAAACAUUGGAAAUAUUUUCAACAUAUAAGCCUACGGUUACUGUUAUACAAAAUUUUUCUAAUAAACUGAAGAAAUCCAA